AUGUGUGACUUCUCAGAAUACGGUGUUCCCAGCGAUGAGUGGCUACGCGUGGAAGCUACUUUGCCAGCCGCAAAAGACCAUAGCUUGUCUGAGCUGAAGAGAACAGCCAACGAAGGUAGAGAGGUCGUGGCGCGAAAGGCGAUGGCAGAGUUUUCGAAGCAAGUCUUCAUGCAAGAUCAAACAAUUUGUGCCCGUGAUGGUUACAAAUUAGAGGCGAGGAGUUAUCGUCCAAUCUCAGCAUCCCCCACUGAGAUGCUACCCAUCUACAUGCACUUUCACGGAGGUGGUUUUCUAUUCGGUACCUUGAGCUCGGAGGAUGCGAUAUGCUCUCGGCUUGCCGUAAACGCACAUGUUGUUGUUAUCAAUGUCAACUAUCGCCACACUCCUGAAUAUACGUAUCCAACCGCCUGGAACGAUGCCGAAGACGCGUUUCUUUGGGUCUGUGAGAACAUUACUCCAUUAAGCGGUGAUCCGUACAAAAUCGUUGUCGGUGGAAUAUCGGCCGGCGCAUGGCUCGCUGCUUCUUUGACACAGGCAGCGUCGAGAGCAGAUCUCCCAGUCUCACCAACACUACCCAUCCGUGGCCAGGUACUAAUGAUUCCUGCUCUAGUGUACACCAAGUGUUAUGAAUCUCAAUUGGGCCAAAUAAAGGAUCCUAGCCUCUCCUCAUAUUCUCAAAAUGAGAACGCGCCGAUUCUGAAUAUGCGUAGGAAGAUGCUAUUCAAUGGUCUUUUACAAGUGGAAAAUCCAGAUCCAACGGACAAGCGGCUGAAUCCGGGGCUUUUGUCUUCUGAAGACGCGAAGAAGUUGCCAGCAACAACCCUUGGGAUUGCAGGUUAUGAUCCACUACGAGAUGAAGGGCUAUUAUACGGGAAGCUAUUAGCUGAAAAUGGUGUACCGACCAAUGUCAACGUCUUCAAGGGUGUGCCCCAUGGAUUCCGACGAUUUGGGGUGAGAUUAUCGGUUUGCAAGCAAUGGGAUCAGACUAUGGAAGAUGGAAUUCGAUGGGCCUUAACAAAGCCUUCUGCCUCAGGAGAGUUUAUCAUUCGAGAACAUUGA